AUGGAACCCACUAAACAAACUCUCCUAGUCAGCGGCCUCCUCGUCGACGUCUACUCCCACCCCACUUCGAGCCCCAGCUCCACAGAUCCCAUCCACGCGCUCUUUUUCCUCCACGGAAGCGCACAAGACAAUAACAUUGUCAAUACUAUUAAAGUUAUUUUGACGAGAGUUAUGGCUCCGGAUCGGGUGAACCAUGGGUCGAGACUCGUGGACCAGAAGCGGAAUCUGGCGUGGAGCGAAGAUCCGGCUAAGAAUAAUGAUCAGCAUGCUGUUGACAUGUAUACCAUCCAAACUGAAGACGUGUCUUUCAUAAUCGACCAUCUUCCCUCAUUCCUCUAUCCCUCGGGUGAACGGAUGAUUGUGGAAUGGGGUAUAUGCGGUAUGAGUCUUGGAGGACAUUCGACGUGGAUCGCGCUUUCUCGAGCGCGCCCAAUCCUCAGGCAUUCCAUUCUCCCCGCCCUACUUCCCUGCCUCCUUCAAAACAUAUAUAGAAACGCACGACUGCCGUACCGUGCCAAGGACGCUUCCAAUCCGUUUCUGGGGAAGAAGGUGUUGGUAAUUUCGGGGAAGGAGGAUAAGCUUGUCCCGUGGGUGACAUCGGCAGAGUUUGUGGACGGUCUUGAAGUUGGGGAGGGGGGUAUUAAGAGGGUUGUGGUGGAGGAGGGGGCGGGGCAUGAGUGUACGAGUGGGAUGCUGAAGCUGAACUUUGAAGGAGGCUGA